CCCGGGAGCGGCGGGGGGAGGACGCAGCCGGGAUCCAUCCGCACCAGCCGUGCAUCACAGAUUAUCCCGAGCCUUUGGGACCGCCGGGAGCCGGGGGAGCCGCGGCAGGAGCGAGGCCAGGCCAGGGCUGCAGACGCGGCCCCGAUUCUCUGCUGCCGGCACCACCAAGCCAGCCCAACGGAGCCCUCGGAGAGCGCGAUGGACGAGUGGGAUCUCCCACAAUGGAAAAAAGAGGUGGAAAGCCUCAAGUACCAGCUGGCCUACAAGAGAGAGAUGUCCUCCAAGACCAUACCUGAGUUUGUGAAGUGGAUCGAGGACGGGAUUCCCGAGGAUCCCUUCCUGAACCCGGAGCUGAUGAAGAACAACCCCUGGGUGGAGAAAGGCAAAUGCAUCAUCCUCUGAGGCUCCCUGGCUCCUCAGGACGGGCUUGGCACCCCCGAGCUCCAGUUCCACCCCAGACCCUGAGCAAAGCCCUGCCCUCACCUCCUUUCUUCCCUCCUGGCUGUAGAAGGGGUUUUAGAAAUGGGGGGAAACCCCCAGGCUGCUCCAGGGCUGUGCUGCAGCUUCAUCUCACACUUCUGCCACCCAAAAAAGGCAGAUUUUUGCAACUUGUAAAGAAGCUUUUAUAAAA